GAGUGACAGAUAACUGCAAACCCGUCGCCAACAACCACAUCGACAACAAUUCUAUUCUAACAUCAUACCUUGGAUAUAUGGAAAAGUAGCAUGGCAAGCUAUACAAUCCAGCCUGGUUAUGUCGAUCCACAGGCCAUUCCUCACGAUCCAAGGCUCUCGUCCACAGCUACUUUUCACGACACUGAACCGCAAGGCCUGGAGGAUGACGGAACAAACAAGAAAAAGAAAACCACGAAACGUAGGAAAGUAAACCAUGCGUGUUUAUAUUGUCGUCGUAGCCAUAUGACAUGCGACGAGGGAAGACCAUGUCAGCGCUGCAUCAAACGAGAAAUAGGCCAUCUCUGUCACGACGAACGUAGGCCACCAAAGAACGCAGAAAAACAUGGAAUGAUGCAACAGAAUAGUCUUGACGUGUCAAGGUCCAUGACUCAACCUAUGUAUAAUGCCACCACAAUGCCUCCUAAUUCUGCCUGGCCGAUGAGUGUCCCUCAGGGUGCAUUUCUGUAUCAGCCAGAGACUUUGGGCAACGAGUUCUCAGUGCUAACUGAUUUCCUGGAAACCUUGGACGAAGGCUCUUUCUUCACUCCACCACCAACUACUGUUGCUCCUUCUCUCAUGUCUGCCCCAUCCUUCCCUACACCAACGACAGCAGUGGAAAAUAAUUACAUACCUGAAACUCUACCACCCGAUUCAGCCGCACAGCAAGCUGAGCAACCAGAAAAACCUGCCAACGAACCCGUCCCCAAUCUUCUUCCUUCAGCCACGAAGACUGAGCGUUUCCUGCUCACCGCUGCCGACCAAGAGUCUGGAUCGCGUGACGAGCGCCUGAGUCGUGUCAUCCGCAGUAAAUACGAGGCAGGCCUCUUAAAACCUUAUAAUUACGUUAAAGGCUAUGCGCGGUUAUCUCGGUGGAUGGAUCGGAACGUCUCCCAGCAGUCAAAGCAACAAAUCUUACAACCUCUCUCGGUGUUGCGUCCGAAAUUCCGAGCUGUUGCGCAAUCUUUAAGAGAUAUAGACCUCGUAUUUAUCGAAGAAGCAUUUGAGCG